AUGACAUGCACAUCUUACCAGAGAGACACAGAGGGUGUAGUCGUGCUCAUAUCACACACACAGAUCCACGAUGAGUCUGUGUAAUGGAUGAUGUCUGUGAAACGCCCUCCAUUAGGGAACUGGAGAAAGUCCUGUUUGGAGGAAAGAGGAGUGGAAAUCAUGCGGAUGAAGUCUGGCCCAACCUUUUCCUGGGUGAUAUGUCUGUGGCCAAUGACCGGUUCAGUCUGUGGAAGUCGGGCAUCACUCGAGUCCUGAACGCCGCCCAUGGACACAUGCACUGCCAGGGCAGCCACCAGUUCUACGGGUCAAAGGUCGAGUAUUACGGAGUCGCAGCAGAAGAUUCGCCAUCGUUCAACCUGUCGGUGUAUUUCCACCCCUGCGCGGAUUAUAUCAAGGAGGUUCUCGGUUCUCCAGGAGAACGUGUUUUGGUUCACUGUGCGGUGGGAGUGAGUCGCUCGGCCUCUCUGGUUCUGGCUUAUCUCAUGAUACACCAGAGGCUUUCCCUACUGGACGCUAUUAAAACAGUCAAACAGCACCGCUGGAUCUUCCCGAACCGAGGCUUUCUCAAACAGCUGCGGGCUCUCGAUGCGAGUCUGCGCUGUAUGAAGUGACGCUGGUCUGGAAACAUCAUCCGUCUGAGACUUUAAAUGUAUUAUCAACUCUCAGCACUGAUAAAAAAUGACUCUGUGGUGAAGGAAACACUGCAGAAAAAAACCUCUACCUGAAUACGUUUUUAACCCAGGCAAGAAUUUACAAAACAAAGUAUAUUCUAUAUUAGUAAGUUUGUAGAAAUUAAUGCAUAAAUAUCAACGUUAAACCUACUCAACUUUCUGAUACUGGUAUUCCCAUCAUGAAUAAUUAAUAAGAUUGCUUUUUUCUCCACUGUUUUCCAGCUGUAUGUACACUGUUUUAUCAUUGCUUUUGUUUAGUAACUUGCUGUUUUGUGACAUCUGGAGUUUAUUUUCUACUUAAAAUGACAUUCACACUCAAAUUAUCUGACGGAUGUUAGCAUUAUUGUGUAGCAAGUAUUCAUUUCUCU